AUAGUGAUUUUACAUAUUGUCAGGAAUAGAAGGACAUAGACAAACAUGAAGUUCAUAUUGAUCUUGUUCUGCGUUGUUGUGGCUAUAGCAGCUGCACCAGCCAAGGAUAAUGACUCCAAAAUCGAAGAGAGAUCCAUACCAGACGCUAAGGAUACCAAAGUGGAGAAAUUACCAGAACCUGUUAAGGAUACUGAAGAAGCUCAAAUACUUAAAGAAUAUCUUAAGGCACUUCAAGAGAGUCAUCUAGGAUUAUUUGAGAAUCAAAAAGCUUACAAUUACGCUUUUUACAGGCAAUUGCCAUUUACCACACCUUACUACUUUCCUUUUAUUAAUCCUUUCUCCUAUUAUAUCUAAAUAAAUCGACACUCUGAUGUUUAUAAAAGUGCAUAAAAAAAUAAAAUAAAUUUUGUUUAUGCAUAUAUAUAGAUUUUUAUUUAGAUUAA